CAACAUCCAAAAGCUUAGGGCUUUUGCCACCUUCGAAGCCCUCCCCCGUCUCCCUCUCCCUCUCCGUCUCAGUCUCUCGCUCUCGUAUCUCCAUCGCUUCUCGCGCUCAGCCGUCUCGAGGAGAGAGAGCGAGAUGGAUUCCGGCGGCGCCGACGCAGCUCGAAUCCUCGGCGAAAUCGAUGCCCUGAAGGCGGCGAAGAGCGACAUAGAGGCCAAGAUCUCAGCUCUCGAGGCUCAGCUCAAGGGCUCGAGCUGCCGCCGGAGCGGCGCCGUCUCGAGCAACGGCUCGGGCCCGCCGGCGGCGACCGUCGACGAUCCGGGGCUCGGGCACGGGCUCUCGCCGGAGAUGAUCCACCGAUACAGCCGUCAGCUCUUGCUCCCUUCUUUUGGAGUUCGAGCGCAGUCGAAUCUCUUGAAGUCGUCGAUUCUAGUGGUUGGAGCCGGAGGAUUGGGAUCGCCGGCUCUGUUAUAUCUCGCGGCUUGUGGAGUCGGUCGGUUGGGUAUUGUCGACAACGAUGUGGUAGAGCUUAAUAAUAUGCACAGGCAGAUUAUCCACACCGAAGCAUAUGUAGGCCGGUCAAAGGUCGAGUCUGCUGCUGCUGCUUGUCGUGCCAUCAACUCAACUGUCCAGAUCGUUGAACACAGAGAGGCUUUACGUACUUCCAAUGCCUUGGAAAUCUUGAGCAAGUAUGACAUUGUGGUAGAUGCAACGGAUAAUGCUCCAAGCCGGUACAUGAUCAGCGAUUGCUGUGUGGUGUUGGGGAAGCCUCUUGUAUCAGGUGCUGCACUAGGAUUGGAGGGGCAGCUCACAGUUUAUAACUGCAAUGGAGGUCCAUGCUACCGAUGCUUGUUUCCUACUCCACCACCGACAACAGCAUGCCAGCGAUGUUCUGACAGCGGAGUUCUAGGAGUAGUACCGGGUAUCAUUGGCUGUCUUCAGGCACUCGAGGCAAUAAAGAUUGCAAGUGCAGUUGGUGAACCACUAGUGGGAAGGAUGCUUUUGUUUGAUGCUUUAUCUGGACGGAUACGAAUUGUCAAGAUAAGAGGCAAGUCUUUGCACUGUGAAGUGUGUGGAGAGAAUGCAACAUUUACACAACAACAAUUUCAAGAAUUUGACUAUGAGAAGUUCACCCAGUCCCCAUUGUCUGCGUCUGCCCCUCCGAAGUUAAAUUUGCUAUCGGUAGACUCCAGGAUAAGCAGUAAGGACUACGGUGAGAGACUUAAAAAUGGCGAAGCGCAUAUACUGGUCGAUGUCCGCCCUGAGCACCACUUCAGGAUUGUAUCUCUUCCCAAUUCCUUGAACAUUCCGCUCUCGACCUUAGAGAAAAGAGUAGCUGAAAUCUCAUCAGCUUUAAAGGAAGCAGAGGGCCAGAGGGAUGCAAGCCUUUACGUGAUUUGCCGAAGAGGUAAUGAUUCACAGAGGGCUGUCAACUACCUCCAGAAGAUAGGCUUUACUUCUGCCAAGGAUAUCAUUGGGGGACUGGAGUCCUGGGCUCGGGAUGUGGAUCCCAGCUUCCCUACUUAUUAGUAAUUAUCGAUGGUUGCAGUAAACGCGUGUGUGGGUGAUAGCUUUGUGCUCAAUUAGUUCCAUUAUGCUGUAAUCCGUAAUUUCCUCCACUUUUUGUAACGGAUACACAGCUUCUCAGAUAAAGAAGAUGUUUAUGUUGCUUGGCACUUCAGUGAUC